AUGGCUGCAGAAGCCGUGAUCCUCUCCUACGCGGUGGCUGGCAGGUGGGGUGCCGCGAGACAGCAGUGCGAACAGCUCCAGGAAUCGCUUGGACUCGGCAGCGCGCUUUGCCUGGGUUCGGCGGCCGAUGUUCUCAUGGACUGGUGUACCUCCAUGGGCAUAGGCACUGAGACGGGCUGUUCGAUCCACGACGUGCGGCAGACGCUUCAGAAGCUGCGACAUGAGGUGUCAACUCUCCGGACUGCUGAUCUGCUACUCUGUGGCUAUCCCUAUGCUCUCUGCCCUAUCUUGGGAACGAGUUCCGAGUUGAAGGAUGUCCCGAUGCUGGUACUGGUCCAUGGUGCUGGGUCUCUGGCCGAGUAUGCCGACGAAUCGCUCACUCCGUGGCUGCUGGGCACUUUCCAACGCUGGAUUACCUCUGACCCAGCAGAGCCCACGAAAGGAGCGACGGCAAUGGCUCUUCGGAAGGUUGUGUUUAAUGAUCGAUUGGACCUGGCUUUGGCAAGGGCAGCCUUUGGCGAAGCAUCGCAGCCACAACUGGUGGAAUUUGGUGCCCGAUAUGUCCUUCGACUGGCCGGCGGCGUCCAAUGCGAUCGUCGUCUCGGAGGGCAUAAACGUUUAUUGCUUUGGAG